UAAUUUUCAUAUUUACGUUUGCAUUUUUUUCUGCUUUCAGGAAGUAAAACAAAACAACAUAGUGAUGAGGUCUUCCUUCACAAUAAAAACAACAAAUCAAACUUUGUGUGUGAGCAGUUUGAGCUCUGCUCCAUCAGACGGUGUGUCGGCCCACAGAAACGGGUCUCAGCUUGUCAGRACGUCCUGCAGGUCUUCAGCUGACAGGAGGAAGAGUUUCACUCACUGGAUCAGGACCAGGACCAUCUGAAACCGGCUCAGAUCCGCGCCAGUCAUGGGGUCUUCAUCAGACCGUGUAGCGGUGCUCGUCCUCUUUUUAUCUUCAGCUUCAAACGUCUUUGGUUCCAACGUCUGCACGUCCCGAGGAGUCACCACCUGUCAGCAGUGCCUCGCCGUUCAUCCGAGCUGCGCCUGGUGCUCUCAGGAGGAGUUUGGGGUCGGGGGGUCCGGUCUUUCUCGCUGUGACGUCAAAGAGAACCUGCUCAAAGAGGGGUGCAGCUCGGCGGCUCUGGAGUUCCCCUCCAGCACUUUGACCGUCCUGAAGGACGUUCCCCUCAGCGACAAGGCUUCAGGUGCGGCUGAUGACGUCACUCAGGUCCGGCCUCAGAAACUCCAGAUGAAGUUAAGACCAGGAGACUCCAAGGUGUUUACGGUGACAGUGAAGCAGGUGGAAGACUACCCCGUGGACCUCUACUACCUGAUGGACCUCUCGUACUCGAUGAAAGAUGACUUGGAUCGCCUGGUCACCUUGGGAAACAAGCUCGCCGAGACCAUGGGCAAGACCACGAGCAAACUGCGCAUGGGCUUUGGAGCGUUUGUGGACAAGACCAGCAUGCCGUACAUGUACACCUACCCUCCACAGGCCAUCCCGAACCCCUGCUUUGACAUAGGUGAUCAGUGCAUGGCUCAGUUCGGCUACAGGCACGUGUUGCCGCUGACGGAGCAGGUGUCUCGCUUCACAGAGGAAGUGAAGAAGCAGAAGGUGUCCAGAAAUAGAGACGCUCCCGAGGGUGGAUUCGACGCCGUCAUCCAGGCGGUGGUGUGCAAGGACAAGAUCGGCUGGCGUCCAGAUGCCUCUCAUCUUCUGGUGUUGACCACGGACGCCAAAACCCACACGGCUCUCGAUGCACGUAUAGCCGGCAUCGUCCAGCCCAAUGAUGGGCAGUGUUACCUCGACGACAACAACGUUUUCAACAAAUCCGCCGUGCUGGAUUAUCCCUCCUUGGCUCUCAUAACAGACAAGAUGUCUGAAAACAACAUCAAUUUGAUCUUUGCUGUGACCAGCUACGUUGUGCCUCUUUACAAGGAGUACAGUCAGAUCAUGCCUGGGACGACUGUGGGAAUGCUGUCAGAUGACUCUGGGAAUGUAAUCCAGCUGAUUGAGGAUGCAUAUGCGAAAAUCCGCUCUAAAGUGGAGCUGGAGCUGCUGGGAGUCCCAGAUGAGUUGAAUCUGUCCUUCAACGCCACCUGCCUGAACGGAGAAAUCAUCCCUGGACUCAAGUCCUGCUCUGGACUGAAGAUUGGGGACACGGUGUCUUUCAGCGURGAGGCUCAGCUGCGUGGCUGCCCUAAAGAGAAGAGCCGCACCUUUACCCUCAAACCUCUGGGCUUCAAGGACUCCCUGGAGGUCAGGGUGGACUUCGCCUGCGGCUGCGACUGCGAGGCGAAGGCGGUGCCCGACAGUGUGGUCUGCAGCGGCGGCAACGGAACCUACGAGUGCGGCGUUUGCCAGUGUCACCAAGGUCGGCUGGGUCCGCGGUGCGAGUGCUCGCUGGAGGACUCCAGCUCCUCCGACGAUUCCAACUGCGUCCCAAAAUCAGGGGGCCCGAUGUGCAGCGGGCGAGGCGACUGCUUGUGCGGACAGUGCUCCUGUCACGCUAACGACUUCGGUCAGGUGUGGGGGAAGUACUGCGAGUGUGACGACUUCAACUGUCUGCGCUUCAAGGGGGUCCUGUGCUCUGAUAAAGGAAAGUGUAGCUGUGGGUUCUGCCAGUGCGACGCCGGCUGGCAAGGUGAGAGCUGUAACUGCUCCACCCGGACCGACACCUGCAUGUCCGGCAUCGGGCUGCUGUGCAGCGGCAGGGGGAACUGCGAGUGUGGCGUCUGUCAGUGCACCCAGACCGGCGCCUACGGAGACACCUGUGAAAAAUGCCCCACCUGCCCCGACUCCUGCACCAUCAAAAAGGAGUGUGUCGAGUGUCAGCACUUCAAGAGAGGACAGUACACCACAGACGACAGCUGCAGCAGAAUCUGCAAAACUGAAAUACAAGUAGUGGGUGAACUGGCUUCUCACGGAGAACACGCAGUGAACUGCUCCUACAAAGAUGAGAACGACUGCAUCGUGCACUUCCAGUACUACGAAGACACCAGUGGCAAAUCCAUCCUGUAUGUGGUGAAAGAACCAGAGUGUCCCGAGGGUCCUAACAUCUUAGUGGUGCUCCUGGCGGUGGCUGGAGCCAUCCUGCUGCUGGGCCUCGUCGGUUUGCUCAUCUGGAAGCUGCUGAUCACCAUCCACGACCGCAAAGAGUUCGCCAAGUUUGAGGAGGAGCGAGCCAAAGCCAAAUGGGACACGGCGAACAACCCGUUGUACGUCGGAGCCACCUCCACUUUUACCAACGUAGCGUACCAGAGCAACUAACGGCCGAAUGCAACAAGUUCAAAACUCAGGGGUGGACGACUGCAGAGCAGAAAGUUGAACUGCUGCAGAAAACUUCUUACUGCUGUUAAAAAUUUAAUGUGAUAAAUGUACAUAAAUACUGUAAAAARCCAUAAUGAGAACUGUUAAUAAGGCACUGAUCGUUCCCUCUGAGGCUUUUUUUUAAAGAUGGGUCAGACUGUAGCACCUCUGGUAUGUUUACACCAAACAGAACUGUUGUUCGGCCUUUUUUUUUCUCCUGAUGUAAAACAUUUCUCUGCCACCUCCGCAACAUUUUCUUUUUCUGAUUGUAGUUAUUUUUAGUUUAAAGUUGAAAUCCCGCUGCUGGUUUACAGAGACGUCUGCCGUCAUUGAUGUAAUGUAAUUGAAUGAGAUUGCACAUAAAAUUAUUUUAAAGGUUAGUCUAGGAAUUCAAGACCUUUAUUAUCCACGUGUUUUACUUGUUUCAGCUCUGUGUCACUCUGAAAUGCAGGAUAUAUAUAGAGGAUGACUUAGCCCUGUAAAGAUAUAAAGCUUAUUUUUUUUUUGUUGUGAAGUUUUAGGGACUGUUGUGAAAUAAAGUCGGUAGGUAAAGCUAUGAAACAUGGUAAUAUAUUUUGGUUUUGCAGGUUCUGUUUUCAGGAUGUGGUCUGAACUCUGAUAUCUGUCACGUUUUUUUAUAGACUGAAAAAAACAACAACUCUAUUUAAACCGGACAUCACCAAAAUCCGCAUAAAUCUUAUUUUAUUCCUUGUUUUGUUUUUUGUUUUUUUAACUGUCCGAUCUGCCAGGGGCUGUUUGAGGUGAAUAUUUUCACAUCCAAAGCAAUGAGAAACUUCUGCCCUCAGCAACUGUUUGYUUUACAAGUCCUGACAGAUCAGCUGUGUCGUUCGUUUUGGAUCCAAAUGUUAAUAAAAGUUUCUGAUCGCC